AUGUCGAGGAUUUGCGGGAGCUUUCCCUUCACUCUGCUUCUAGGUCUGGUCGCCGUACUGCUCAAAGGGAGGCUCGUUCCCGCAGCCUCAAGAGCAGAGCCCAGCCGCUCGGACCUAAGCCUGAUUCAGCAGCAACAGCAGCGGCAGCAGCAGCAGCAACAGCAGCAGCAACAGCGACAGCAACAGCAGCGAGAAGAAGAGGAGGAGGACAGGCCAGAGGUGCCAGGAGCAUCCUCUACCCCAUCCAGUUCAGUAUCUCUGUUUUUACUGAAAGUCCAUGUCAAUGAUAUCAUCAGUCGUCAGUACUUGCACCAAGCAGUUGUAGAAGUGUAUGUGAACUACACCAAGACAAAUUCUACAGUAACUGGAAGCAAUGGAGCAGUGUUAAUAAAAGUUCCCUAUAAAUUAGGCGUCAGCUUGACUAUCACAGCUUACAAAGAUGGCUACUUGCUAACACCAUUACCUUGGAAGACCAGAAGAAUGCCAAUAUAUUCAUCAGUGACACUUUCACUGUUCCCUCAAAGUCAAGCUAAUAUAUGGUUAUUUGAAGAUACUGUUUUAGUUACUGGAAAAUCAUCUGAUGCCAAAUCUCAACCAAGCGUACAGUUUCCAAAGGCUUUAAUUAAACUUCCCAGCAGCCAUCAUAUUAGUAAUGUUACUGGCUAUCUUACAGUGCUACAACAGUUUCUGAAAGUAGACAACUUACUUUACACAACAGGAAUUCUUCUAAAUAAAUCAGGUUUUAAAAGCAUUGAAUUGACUCCUCUUGCUGCAAUAUGUGUGAAUAUAUAUUCUGGAGGGAAAGAACUAAAUGUGGAUGGAUCUAUUCAAAUUACUCUCCCCCUCCUAGACCCAAGCACUGCAAAGGCAGGGGAUGCUCUACCUGCUUGGACAUUUGACAUGAAAACUGGUGCUUGGGUGAAUCGUGGCUUAGGAAUGGUCAAGAAAUUUAAUGACCAUUUAGUAUGGACAUAUGUGGCUCCACAUUUAGGAUAUUGGAUUGCAGCACCACUUCCUGGAACCAGAGGUUCACUUGUGAGUGAAGUCUCCAAGGACAUAACUGCCUACCACACAGUGUUUCUGACAGCCAUAUUGGGUGGUACAGUUGUCAUUCUCAUUGGCUUUUUUGCUGUUCUUCUUUGUUAUUGCAGGGAUAAGUGUGGUGGAUCACAAAAAAGGGAAAGAAAUGCCACAAAACUUGAGGUUCUUAAGAAGGACCAAACAACAUCAACAAGUCACAUAAACCAUAUAAAUUCGAUGAAAGGUUCACUAAAAACUGAGGAUAGAUUACAAUUGUACCACUCUAAGAAUUCCCCAUAUAGUCCUCGCAAAAAGGAUUCUACAAAGUCGGAAUCUGAAGACAGAGUAUCUGUGGUGAAAACUCGGGACAGUUUUAAAAUCUACAAUGAAGAAGUUUCAUUUCUGUCAACCAGUCAGAAAAGUCAUUCAAGAAACUCAAGCCAGUCAUUAGAAAAUAAUACUGCAUCUAGACAGACAAUUCAACUGAAAUAUAGUAAUAGCAAUGUCUCUCCAUCUACAGGUGAUACUCAAGAAAAAAAUAGGUAUCUUGCAGUAAAUGAAGACAUGUAUGGGCUUUCUCACAUACCUGAACAACUGAUGCAUAUCUACAGUCAGCCAAUUGCCAUUCUUCAGACAUCUGAUAUUUUUCAUUCUCCAGAACAGUUACAUUCUGCUAAGUCAGCUACUUUGCCAAGAAAGGGACAGGUAGUCUAUGGCCAAUUAAUGGAACCAGUAAACCGAGAAAACUACACCCAGACAUUACCCAAAAUGCCAAUGCAUUCUCAUUUGCAGCCCCCUACCACAAGAGAGGAGAAAAUUACACCUGAAGUUCAACAGAGCUUACCAUCCCAAACUUCAGACUGGAGUCGAUAUUCUAAUAGUUUAUUAGAAUCAGUCUCUGUUCCAGGGACACUUAAUGAAGCUGUUGUAAUGACUCCAUUUUCAUCUGAACUUCAAGGCAUUUCAGAACAGACACUAUUAGAACUAUCCAAAGGAAAGCCCUCACCACAUCCCAGAGCCUGGUUUGUUUCUCUGGAUGGAAAGCCAAUUGCUCAAGUGAGGCAUUCCUUUAUAGAUCUGAAAAAGGGGAGAAGAACCCAAAGUAAUGAUACCAGUCUGGACUCUGGAGUGGACAUGAAUGAGCUUCACUCCAAUCGAAAACUUGAGAGGGAGAAAACAUUCAUUAAAAGCAUGCAUCAACCCAAGAUCCUUUAUUUAGAAGAUUUAGACCUGAGUAGCAGUGAAAGUGGAACCACUGUUUGUUCCCCUGAAGAUCCAGCUUUAAGGCACAUUCUUGAUGGAGGGAGUGGGACGAUCAUGGAACAGCCUGUGGAAGAGUCACUAAGAAGAAAAAGCACAGCUGAAGAUUUGGAAGCUACUAUGUCCCCUACCAAAAAAAGAGGCAGAACCAUUUUGGCUAAAAAAGAUAGUAAAACUAAUAUCUGGAAAAAGAGAGAGGAGAGGCCACUCAUUCCCUUAAAUUAA